AUGCUGGCCACCAAUACCUCCAAUGCCACUAUCCCCAUGUGUCCUGACUAUCGCUCUUACCACCACAUAUACCUGGUGGGCUAUAGUCUGGUGCUUCUUGCAGGGCUGCCCCUCAAUGCCUUGGCACUGUGGGUUUUCCUCCGAGCCCUGCAGGUCCACUCAGUGGUCAGCGUCUACAUGUGUAACCUGGCGGCCAGUGACCUGCUUUUUACCCUUUCUUUGCCUCUACGUCUCUCCUACUAUGUCCUCCACUACUGGCCCUUCCCACACCUCCUGUGCCAGACAGCAGGGGCUGUCUUCCAGAUGAAUAUGUAUGGCAGCUGCAUUUUCUUGGCCCUCAUCAACAUGGACCGCUAUGUUGCAAUCGUUCACCCACUGCGGUUCCGCCACCUACGCCGGCCUGUGGUGGCAAGAAUCCUCUGCCUGGUUGUUUGGGCCCUGAUCCUGAUAUGUGCUGUGCCUGCUGCUCGGGUCCAUGCCCCGUCACCCUGCUCUUUUAAGAACAUCACUGUCUACCUGUGCUUUGAGAGCUUCAGUGAGAACUUGUGGCAGGGCAAGCUACUGCCCUUGGUACUUCUUGCUGAAGGGCUGGGUUUCAUACUGCCCUUGAUAACCAUGGUCUACUCUUCCAGUCGGGUCUUCUGGACUUUGGCCCGGCCCAGUGCCACCAGGAAUGAACGCCGUAGGAAAACAGUGCAUCUUCUGCUGGCCAACCUGGUCAUUUUCCUCUUGUGCUUUGUGCCCUACAAUACCACCUUGGCUGUGUAUGGACUACUUCGGGGGAAGUUGGUAGAUGCCAGCUCUGAUGCCCGGGACAGGGUGCGCCAGGUGUUAGUGGUGAUGGUAGUGUUGGCUAGUGCCAACUGCGUCUUAGAUCCCCUUGUAUACUAUUUCAGUGCAGAGGGCUUCCGAAACACCCUUCGAGGCCUGAGAACUAAACGAUGGAUAAAAGUUAGAGCUUCCAAUGGGCCUCGGGGAUUCUCUGGGCAUCGGGAGAGUGCUACUGCCUCCACCAAUGCCGAGGAUGCCUCUCACCGUGAGUUGCUCUCACCUACACCUCUGCAGAAGUCCUUCAGUCAGUCCAUCAAGGAGUCACCCAUCUGAGCAGAAACCCUGGCUGAACUUCCCACUUCAACAACUCCUUUCUCAUCCCCAUUAUGAAACUGCAAAUUAACAAGGUGGUGUGGAGAAAGGAUCAGGUCCCCAGACUUCAAUUUCAAUCUUAGCCCUUAUUUCCAGGAACAAACAUAGCAUAAGUAUAAAGAAGGAAUGCUGUGGAACCGCCUUUCUUGAAGAAAAAGGAGAAAUCUUUCCCUCCUUCCUCUGCCCAAACAUAGCAAAACCUGACUACCCAAGUUCUAAAUUUGGCCUACUUGAAGCUACCCAGCUGAACAACCUGCUGAAGUCUGUCCUCACUAGAGUUUUUCUGCACAUGGUGCUUCUUCAUACAACCAGGCCUAGGGUCCCUUAAUUUUGUUUUGGAGGGAUGGGAUAGUCA